GAUCUCUAACUAGUAUUUGGUCUAUUGUCUCCAACAAAUUAUUGCUAGCAACCUAGGGUUCUCGAAGUUCAACUCCUUUAUUCCUCCCUUUUGAUUCAAAUUAAUUGCCAUUGAUUAUUAUAUAGUUUGAUGCAUGUAUGUAAAUAGAGGCAACUGCGAGAUUUCAAUACUCAUCACUAUCGAUGAUUAGAGAAAAAUUGGUUAGAGAGAUAAGGUUAAAGCUGUAUUUAAUCAAUGAAAAUAAUUUAGUGUUGGAUUAUAAUUCAUAUUAUCGCUUAUGAAAGGAGAAAAAAGAAGAAAGUAAAUUGGAACCCAGAAAGCGUGAGAUUGAUCUCAGUCAUAAACCUUUUCACCCUCCAUCUCCAUUACUUUCAACUCAUAAUCUCAAAUUCCAAGUUAGUAACUUUCAACCCAUAAACUCUAAAUCUCAAUUUCUCUCCUAUGUGUGAACUACAUGUGAAAUUUUCCUUAUAAUUGUUAAUGGGUCUUCAAUUUUCGUUAAUGGCAUUGAGAAAUCAAUCUUGUUCCCUCUUGAGAGAGAGAGAGAGAGAGAGAGAGAGAGAGAGAGGUGGAUCUCUUCAUCAGGAGAAUGGUCUGAGACAAAGGAAGAACAAGGGGCCGGGAAGAGGGGGAUGAAGAUGUAUAUGGGUAAUAUCUGGGUAUUCGGAUACUCUAGAAUGGUGCUUUAAUCGAUUUCCCAAGCUUGCAACUUUGUGCUUUAGCACCAUUUUGGCUUCUCAUUAGUCACAGACACUUUGCAACUGGAUUGAGCUUUGCAGAAAACAGAAGGAGACGAACAAGAUUCCAGAAGCUUAAGGGCUUCAUCCAUCUCAGGUUCCCUAGUUCUUGGUGUGGGUUUCACUGGUUCUUUGUUUACGUCGCAUCCAAAGCUCAGCCACCACAGGUUCCCCAGUUCUUGGUGUGGGUUUCACUGGUUCUUUGUUUACCUCGCGUCCAAAGCUCGGCCACCACAGGGGUAAAUAUGAUAUCUGGAAUGCUCUUUUAGCUCUUCUUCCUCAUCAGUUCUUGAAUCAUUCUGUGUGGUUUUCCAUUAGCUAGAAAGGGAAGUUACCAAUUGUAAAAUUUAGAAGGAUCUGGUCACAAUUUCAAGGUAUGUUACAUGGUUGUUAUAUGUUCCCUUUUUACCAUUUUGUUUUUGUUUCAGAUUGAAUUAUUAAGUGAUAUUCGAGAUUGUUCUACAAUCCCUUCUUAUUAUAUUGUGAAAUAGUACGUUGUUUUUUUUGCAUCCAUUUAGAAACUUAAGAAUUUAAAUAAGUAGGCAUGUAGUGAUUGAUCACAACUCUUUUCUUUUUCCCAAGUUACAUAUAGAUUGUUCUUUUCUUGAACAUUAUUUUAGUUAUCCUGCUGCAAUUAUUAUUAUUAUUUUUUUUUUUUUUUGCAUGUAACUUAUAAUUUUUUUCUGCAAUUAGUUAUCUUGCUGCAAUUUUUUCUUUUGCAUGUAUACUUGUUAAAUAUAGGACUGAUCAUGGAUAGAAAAUGGAUAAAAAAUCUGAACAAGUUGAGUGAUGAGUACAAGCGCGGUGUUCAGUCAUUUCUUGAAGUUGCAAGCAAGCAUGUGGAUGUUAAAGGCAGAACUAGAUGUCCUUGCAUCAAGUGCCUAAACCAUGAUCGUCAAACUAUACCAGUUGUGAAGAUACAUUUGAGAAACUAUGGCAUAUCUUCGAGUUAUGACAUAUAGACAUCUCAUGGAGAAACAGUGCAACAGCGAUCACAAAUUCUUUCUCCCCCAAUGGCUGAACAGAUUGUUGGAGCCAAUGAUGUUGUGCAUGAUAUUUUGAAUGAUGCAUUCCCACCUACUGACAUGGAUGAUAUAGCUCAAGAUCUAGAGGAGGAUAAGAUACAAGGAGGCAAUGAAGAUGUGAUGGAUAAUCAUGGAUCUAAUGGGAUGAGAAGCGAUGCUGAUCAGUAUAAGAAACUAAUGGCUGAAGCUGAGCGAGAGUUUUUCCCUGGUUGUGAUGGAUUUUCAGUUUUAACUGCCAUGGUUUUGUUCAUGCAUAUCAAAGUCCUUAAUCAUUGGACUAACAAGUCUUUUGAUAUGUUUCUAGAGGUGAUGAAUCGAGUGUGUCCUAAGCCUAAUAACAUUCCCUCCUCAUUUUACGCUGCGAACAAGAUGUUGAAAGGUUUGGGCUUAGGUUAUGAGAAGAUAGAUGCUUGCAAGUAUGAUUGUGCUCUGUUUUACAAAGAGCAUCAGGAUAAACAGUUAUGUCCAGAAUGUAGUGAACCAAGGUAUAAAUAUAGAGGUUCUAAUUCUGAUCUGGGUAAAAAGAAGAAGAUUCCUCAAAAAGUUCUACGGUAUUUCCCACUAAAACCGAGGCUGAAAAGACUAUUUAUGUCAAACGAUACAGCUGCUAAUAUGAGGUGGCAUCAUGAUAAGCGAGCUGAUGAAGAAGGCAAGAUGAGGCAUCCAACUUAGGGCUGGGAUUGGGCCUGGCCUGUGGAAAAUUUAUAGAGCCCGGACCAGGACCGAAAUUUUCGGGCCGGGCCUAAAUAACAUUUUUUCAAUUUUGGGACCGAGUUGGGCCCGGACCGUUUUUUGGGGCCGGGUUUUUGGGUUUUUCGGGCCCAAAAGGCUAAAAAAAAAAUAGCAGAUCUGAGAACAGAUCUGCUCCAAACCCAAAUUCUUCUCAGAUCUGCUCCAAACCCAAAUUCCUCCCCCCCCCAAAGCCGCCUAACCACCACCAUCCAAAUUCCAAAGUCGGGGUUUAUCCGUAUUGAUAAGCAAUUAGUAUACAAAAUAAUCAGUUUAUUGCUUGAUGUGAACAAGGGUUCUGAGACUACUCAAGGAGGAGAAUCCAAAAGCCGGGAGCAAGAAGAGAGAUGGAUGAAACCAGUUGAAAAGGAAUCUCAACAUAUGCAGAGAGAAGGUGGCAGACCAAGUGAAAAAACCGGCCAAGAACCAUUUAAUUACAAAGGGAGGGAGCACGAGAGGGGUACUGGGUCUUUAAUGAUCUACAAUUGAUCUGAUGGAGAAGGAGGACUAGGAAGAGAAGGGAAAAGAAAAAGAAAAGAGAAAGGAGGCGUAUGGGAAAAGAAGAAGAAGAAGAAGAUAAGAAGAGAGAAGAAAAAAAUAAAAAAAGGGGGAGAAAGGGAACAAGAAGAGACAGGAUUCUCUUGAAAGAAGAGAAAGAAGAGGAGAGUGUCUGAACGGAGAAGAAAGAAGAGAGAAAAGAAUAAAAUAGUUGUAACAAAAAAAAAAUGAUAAAAUAAUCUAUGCAAUUAUACAUGAUUCGGGCCUUCGGGCUUUUUUUUCUUCUAAAUAUAAGGCCCGAGCCCGGCCUGUUAUAUAAUGAUUUCGGGCCGGGUUUUAUAAAACUGACAAAAAAAUUUUGAAGGGCCCGGACCGUUCGGGCCGGUUCCGGGUCGGGUUCCUGGCUAAAAUCCCAACCCUAAUCCAGCUGACUCACCCGUUUGGAAAGAUUUUGAUGGUAGAUAUCCCGAGUUUUCUCAAGAGCCAUGGAAUGUAUGGUUAGGCCUUGCAACAAAUGGGUUCAAUCCAUUUGGAAAUAUGAGCCUUUCCUAUAGUAUGUGGCCGGUCAUAGUGGUUCCAUAUAAUCUCCCACCUUGGAUGUGUAUGAAGAAACAGUUCUCGAUGAUGACUUUGCUGAUUCCAGGGCUAGUAGCACCAGGCAAGGAUCUUGAUGUGUAUCUACGCCCCUUCAUUGAUGAAUUGAAAGAGUUGUGGGAGUUUGGUGUUCCAACUUAUGAUAAAUCAACUAAUUCUUUUUUCAACCUUCCAGCUGCUAUAUUGUGGACAAUUAAUGACUUUCCAGCGUAUGGCAAUUUGUUGGGUUGGAGCACGAAGGGAUAUAUGGCAUGCCAUGUUUGUAAUGAGGAUACAUCAUCUUAUGGCUUGAGGAGUAAGAUUUGUUUUAUGGCACAUCGGCGCAAUUUGAGAAGUAAUCAUUCAUGGCGUAAAAACAAGGAGCUAUUCAACAAUGAAUUUGAGUUGAGACCUCCUCCUAAACUACUUUCUGGUGAUGACAUCUUAUGCCAAGUCAAUCGCCUCAGACCUUAUAAGCCUGGUAAACAUGAUGAUAAUCCUGAUAAGAAAAGGAAGCGAGUAGACUUUGAACUUAACUGGACAAAGAAGAGUAUCUUCUUUAAGUUGGAGUAUUGGAGUAAGCUGAAAAUUAGACAUAACCUGGACGUAAUGCACAUUGAAAAAAACAUAUGUGACAGCGUUGUGGGCACAUUAUUAGGCAUUGCUGGGAAAACCAAAGACACAGUCAAGGCAAUAUUGGAUUUACAAGACAUUGGUAUAAGAGAUAAUCUGCAUAUUGAAAAAGAUGGGUCUGAUUUUAAGAAGCAUACUCCGUAUUAUACAGUAGUACCACAGCAACGUCGCCCUUUUUAGCAAUGGUUCAAAACUGUCAAAUUUCCUGAGGGGUUUGCUUCUAAUAUUUCUCGAUGUGUUAAAGAUGGAAAGAUCUCCGGUCUCAAGACUCAUGAUUGUCAUGUGUUGUUGCAAAGACUUCUUCCGGUGGUAAUUCGACCUUACUUAAGUAGAGAGGUGUGUGAUGCCAUUAUAGAGCUGUCAAGCUUUUUUCAACAGAUUUGUGCAAAAACCUUACUUGUAGAAGAUUUGAAAAGGUUGCAGACUGAUAUUGUGGUGAUACUAUGUAAACUUGAGCAAAUCUUCCCACCUGCUUUUUUUGAUGUUAUGGUGCAUUUGGCUGUGCAUCUACCGCAUGAGGCAUUACUUGGUGGGCCAGUUCCUAUGAGAUGAAUGUUUCCCAAUUGAGAGGAAGUUGGGAAAUCUGAAGGAUUAUGUACGUAAUAAAGCACAUCCUGAAGGCUCCAUCGUUGAAGGAUAUAUUGCAGAAGAAUCAUUAACCUUUUGUUCCAUGUAUCUCAAAGAUGUUGAGACAAGUUUCUCACGACCAGAGCGGAACUAUGAUGGGGGUGAAACUAGUGUGACUCUCUCUGUUUUUUCUUGUAGUGCACGUAUGUUGCAAGACCGUAAAACAGCCCAGUGGUCAAAAAAAGACAAGGACACAGCUUUUUGGUACAUAUUGAAUAACUGUGAUGAAGUUGAACCCUUCAAAGCGAUGUUGAAACCGAAAUCAUUAUUGAUGAAGAAGAUUGGGAAUAAGCCAUCUGCCAAAAAUGUUACAACAGAGUUGCAACUAGAGCAUCCCCCGCAACAACAGAAAAAGCAGCCACAACAAUCAGGAAAGAGACUGCCACAACAACCAGCAAAGAGACUGCCACAACAACCAGCAAAUAGACAGCCACAACAACUAGGAAAGAGGCAGCCACAACCACCACAGUUGCAACAACCUGAGCCAUCACAGCAGCGACAACCACAGCCACCAUUACAUUCUAGUGAAAGUGCUGAUCAUGACAUGUCCUCUAAGGGGAAAAAGACACGUGGCGUUACAAAGGGGAUAGGAACUCAUGAUAUUGUCACUGCUUCUAAUGAGAGGAUUCUGAUUCAGAUGAAUGAGGAUCAAAAGCUCCCAAAUGGUGUCCAAGCUAAUUCUAGGUUUGUUUCAGAAAUUGAGUCUCGAACACGUUCCUUAGCCCCACUUCAUGUCAAAAUCUGGAAGGAGGUUACACUAGAAGUUAAAGACGAAAUCAAAAAGGGGUUGUUGCAUAAAUUUGAUGUCAAUUUCAAAGAACCUGGCAUUGCAAAAUUUGUUGAAGACAAGAUGAAUAACACAUUCAGAUCAUGGAAGGGAAAAUUGCACAAGCACUUCAAAAAAUAUGCUGAUGACAUUGAUUUUGCAAGGGCUCACCCCCCUACUGAGAAAGUGUUUGGUGACAGGGACAUAAGUGAUUGGGAGUGGUUGUGUGAUAAUUUGUACACGGAUCAAGCGUAUCAGAACCGUUGUAGGAUCAAUACUAUUAAUAGGAACAAGAAAAUUUAUAAUCAUUGUGGUGGUUCACGCCCUUUCACAAAACAUAUGGAAGCCGAAGAAUAGAAGGGUAAAAACGUGACCUUUAUUGAGAAUUGGAGUCUCAUGCAUCAACAUAGAGGCAACAAUGGUGGUGUUUGGAUCAAUGAAGAAGCAGAGAAGACAGGGAAAAGUCUGAUUGUAGAGUUGAUCAAAACCAACCAACAGAUGGCUGAUUCUGAGGGUACCCCACUUGAAGAUGUUAUAGUGCCUAUCCCAAUGCAAUUAUAUAUCUUGGCUAAAGAGCUCGGGACUAUGAAGGGUAAGACCAUUCGAGGUGUGGGUUAUGGUCUUAGAAAAGACACAUUCUGUCCUUCAGUCCCUGCAUCCACUUCAAACUUAACAAAUGCUCAACUUAUGAGGUACAUUGUUUUAUUAGAAGAGCGACUUGCUUUGCUUGAGGGUGAGAGACAACAUUCUACACAUGAUGUGGAUGAAGAGGGAGUCGAGGAUGGUAAUGUGGAUGAGGAUGAGGAUUUGGAUGUGCUUUAGGUCUCGAUACCCUCAUUAGUUUUUUGCAAGUUAUAUUUUGGAUGCACAAAUGAAGGCAUGAUACUUUCAGAUGCCUAUAGAUCCCUUAGUUUAGGGCUUUUGCAGGUUUUUAGGUCUUUGAUAUCCUUAUUAGCUUUUGGCAGGAUACAUGUUGAAUGUAAAAUGAUGCCUGCAGAUUUAAAAUGCAUCCAACACUUGACCUAUAACUUUUCAAGUUCUUUUUUGUAAAGUACUGGCUGAUAAGCAUGUGAAUAUAUAUUUAUGCUACCAUUGCUA